GGCGGCAGCAGUGCGCCAUUUUGUUGUUUUUCCACGCGCCAAUAAAAGCAGAAGAAGACGCGCGUCUACACAUCAUGGCGGCGGCCGUUCGGAGGGUGGUUUUUGAUAAGGUGACGCGAGGCAGCAGCUUCAGCCUCCAGCAGCGCAGCCUCACUUCAGGCCGUGGCCUUCUGCCCCGUCCACGCCCCCUCCCACUCCUCUUGGUGACAGGUGGAGGUUAUCUUGGUUACCAGCACUACAGGGGGAGGAGCCAGCAGAAGAAUGGAGCUCCGCCUCCCAUCGCUGCACCUACUGAGGUGGCGCUGUACCGAUCUUUCCCAACCCGCCUCCUUUCCCGGGCUUGGGGCCGUCUGAAUGGGAUGGAGCUCCCCAGCUGGCUGCGAAGACCCGUCUAUUCUCUGUACAUCUGGACGUUCGGGGUCAACAUGCAGGAAGCAGCAGUUGAGGAUUUGGAUCACUAUAGGAAUCUAGGGGAGUUCUUCCGUCGACGUCUGAAACCGGCAGUCCGACCACUCUGCACCUCAUCAUGCCUGAUCUCUCCAGCUGAUGGGAGGAUCCUCCACUUUGGCCGGGUGAAAAACGGUGAGGUGGAGCAGGUCAAGGGGGUCACCUUCAGUCUGGAGAAUUUCCUGGGUCCACAGAAGAGUCUGGGUCAUGACCCGUCCUUGUCCUUCAGAGACCUGCUCCUGUCGUCCCCAGACCACGAUCUCUUCCAUGUGGUGGUCUACCUGGCUCCUGGUGAUUAUCAUGGAUUCCACUCUCCUACGGACUGGAGGGUGGAGCUUCGGCGACACUUCCCAGGCUCGUUAAUGUCUGUGAACCCAGCUGUGGCUCAUAGGGUCAAAGGGCUGUUCUGCUUUAACGAGCGUGUGGCGCUCACCGGCCAGUGGCACCACGGCUUUUUCUCAUUAACGGCGGUUGGAGCCACAAACGUUGGAUCCAUCAGGAUCUACUUUGACCAGGAGCUUCACACAAACAGUCCCCACUACACUAAAGGCUCUUUCUCUGACCACAACUACAGAAUUAGCAACCAGGUCCAGAAGCUGGCAGGUGAGGGGGGCGUGACCUCCUUGGAGAGAGAGGGUGUGGUCUUGCGAAAGGGAGAGCCAGUGGGAGAAUUUAACCUUGGCUCCACCAUUGUUCUCCUGUUUGAGGCCCCAAAAGACUUCAGUUUCAACCUGACGCCGGGGCAGACAGUUAGGGUAGGCGAGGGGCUCGGCGGCCUCUGAUCAGAUGAACUGGCCCAGGACAGUGUCCGAGCAGCUGCUGAUUGGCUGGUCUCGGUUUGUUUUUGUAGAACUCAAACUCCCAGAAUGCCUUAUACCUGGAGCAACUGCCAAAGCUUUUCUCUUGUUAUCUGUGAUGUGAAACAUGAUGAACUGAAACCGAAUGUUUGAGGCUUCGUUGUUUUCCUCGUCUCCCACAUUUGCUCAUGGCUAGUUUUGAGGUUUGUCUAUUUGUGUUAAAAUUUAAUUCUAAAUAAAUAAAGACAUUAUUUUUUCUCAUUA